GCUAUAUUUUAUUGCACUCCACGCAUUUUUAAAUUGAUUGAAUUUUAUCCUCAAUAGAGACUGACGACUAUACUUGCGACACUGUUAUUUUGACACAUUCCCCGGUAAGCAACCUUUCUAACCUUGUUAAAUUAAACAACAGCAUAAAUAUAUUGUUAGAAAUAAAUAUGUCCACACCGUCUCCAAAAUCUCCAGAACAGAGAGAAAAGCAUAGAAAAUAUGAUCGUCAAUUAAGGUUAUGGGGAGAUCACGGUCAAAAAUUGUUAGAAAAUGCCAAAGUUUGCUUGAUAAAUGCUACCGCUUUAGGCACUGAAACUCUUAAAAGUUUAGUUUUACCUGGUAUAGGCGCCUUCACAAUAGUUGAUGGUGAGAAAGUUACAGAGGAAGAUGUAGGUUCCAACUUCUUUUUUGAGGAAGAUAGCAUAGGAACUUCAAGGGCACAAGCUGCUACACAUGCUCUUCUUGAAUUGAAUCAAGAUGUACGAGGUGAUUACAUAGAUGAAUCAAUUGAGAAUGUGAUGUCUCAUACACAUAAUUUCUUCAAAAAUUUCACAGUUAUUAUUGCCACAUCAUUACCAGAAAAAACACUAGUACCAUUGUCAAAACUGCUUUGGGAGGCAGAUAUCCCCUUUUUAGUAGGUAGAAGUUUAGGUUUUUUCGGGUAUAUAAGACUGCAAACUAAAGAACAUACCGUAGUAGAGACACAUCCCGAUAAUGAAAAUUUAGAUUUAAGAUUAGACAAACCAUGGCCAGCAUUAAAAGAGCAUCUAGAUAAAAUUGAUGUAGAAUCCUUAGAUAACAAAGAACGAAGCCAUGUUCCUGCUCUUGUCAUUCUAUAUUAUUACAUGCAGAAGUUUAGGGACCAACAUGGAGGCAAACUUCCAUCUAACCGAAUUGAAAAAGAAAAAUUACGACAAAUGAUCAGGGAAGGAUUUUCUCCUGAUGAACAUGGUAUCAGGAUUUUGGAGGAAAACUAUGAACAAGCAAUAAAUUUAGUAAAUACCUGUGUUAAUCCUGUUAGUAUACCACCAAAUGUUAAAAAUAUACUAGAAGAUGAAAAAUGUACAAAUCUGAAUCAAGAAUCUACUCCUUUUUGGAUAAUGGCAGCAGCCUUAAAGGAAAUAGUAGAAGCAGAAGGUAGUUUACCAUUGAAAGGAAGCUUACCGGAUAUGGCUGCUGAUACUGCCAGUUAUGUAACUCUGCAGCAGCUUUAUCAGACACAAGCUCAGUUACAAUCAGAAACUCUUUAUCGCCAUGCUGUGCAAAUUGCUAGGAGUCUGGGACAAGCGCCAGAUACUAUUUGUGAAGCUGAUGUGAAACUAUUUUGCAAACAUUCAUCUGAAAUUAGCGUUAUCCGUGGUAGUUGUAUAGCGGACGAGUACGAAAAGAAUUCUAUAAAUUUAGCGUUGCACCUAGACGAUCCCGAAAACCUUAUUUACUACUACAUAAUUUUGAAAGGAUUGGAGCGUUUUGUAAGUGAAUAUAACGUAUAUCCAGGACAAUUUGCGGAACAAGUUGAACCGGACGUAUCGAAAUUGAAGACGAUAAUUUUCAAACUUUUGAGUCAAUGGGGUAAUACUGCAGCUCCCGUAAGUGACGACAGAGUUCACGAGAUGUGCCGUUGCGGAGGCGCGGAACUUCACAGUGUGUCCGCCAUCUUGGCUGGUUGUGCAGCUCAUGAGGUUAUUAAAGUCAUAACACAUCAAUACAAAGUGAUAAACAACACCUUCGUAUACGACGCUAUAACUUCAACGUCGGCCACUUUUAGUUUAUGAGUAAGAUUAAAGACAUAAAAUAAGUAAAAUGUAUGGUAAUUUUCCAUUUACUGUGUAUUAGCAAGCUUUAUUAUCAAAUAAAUUGUUAACUGAUCUUUUACUCGUAA